CCCCACACUCGGCCCCGCCCCUCAUUCCAUCUGCCUAUAUCCCUUCUCAUAGCCCCGCCCCCUCAGUAGCCCCUCCCACUGCCGUGGUCCCUCCCCCUCGCUAUCUGCUCCCCAACAGCCCCGCCCCUAGUCCCUCCCUCUCCCAUAAUGCCUUGCUGCAGCCUGGCUCCCUCCCACACUCAAGAUGGCGGCGCCACACACGCCAGCUGGUUGUGCGGAGCCGGGAAGCAGCCACACCCAAUAUGGCGGCGCUACCGUCAGCGCAAUGGGCCAGGCUGGGGGCUCCGCCACACCCAAUAUGGCGGCACAUCGCUCUCUGGCCAGACUCUACCACUCCCAAAAUGGCGUCGAGAGGCGGCCGCGCUGCGCGGCGCGCAUGCGCAUCCGGAAUUUAAAAGUUUGGUCUUAAAGGGGAAGUGCCCGGCGAGUGGGGCAUGGCCGGUACCGGCUCGGGGCGGUUCCUCUACGAGCUCCCGGCCUGGCUGGUCUGUGGCCUCUGCCGCCUGAUGGACGCGCUGGGCCGGGCGGACUGGGAGCGCUUCGCCUCGCGGAUCGUGCGGGACCAGGUCGAGCUGCGUCUCUGCGAGCGGACGGACGGACGGACCCAGCGGCUGCUCUGGUCCUGGAUGAACCGAAAUGCCCGGGUCGGGGACCUGCUGGUGCUGCUGGAGGAGCUGGAGCUGUACCGGGCCCGCGACCUCCUGGCCAGCUGGCAGCCUCCCUCUGUGCCCCCAGUCCUGAGACCCCCGUUUCUUCCCUCGGCGCCUCCAGCCCCCCACCUCCACACCGGUGACAGCAGAGCUUCGACCAUUGCCUGUGACCCCCCCAAGCCACCCCCCCAGCCCCUGCCAGAGCCCUCCUGCCCCUCGCUGCCUCUGCCCGGCCCCCCACCCAGCAGCCUGCUCAGCACCAGCAGCCAGGGGCCUGCCCCCUCACCCGCGGCACCCCCUGCUGACCAGGACGCGGAGCUAGAUUGGAGCAGCAUCCGGAGCAGCUUCCUCACCGAGGUGGAAAAACUGUCACGGUUCCGCCACCCCAAUAUUGUGGAGUUUGGGGGGUUCUGCGCCGAGCGGGACCAUUUCUGCCUCGUCUACGUUUUCAUGCCCAAUGGGUCCCUGGAGGAUCGGCUGAGCGGCCAGGGCGGGCGCCCCCCCCUGUCGUGGGCCCAGCGGCUGGAGGUGCUGGUGGGGACGGCGCGAGCCGUCCAGUUCCUGCACCGGGACACGCCCAGCCUGAUCCACGGGGACGUCACGAGCACGAACAAACUGCUGGACCAGUCGCAGCGGCCCCGGCUGGCCGACUUCGGGCUGGCGCGGGCCGGGCGGGGCCGGGCCGGGAGUGGGGGGCUCAGCGCCAGCCUGGGCCGGACCCACACGGUGCGGGGCACCCUGGCCUACCUGCCCCCCGAGUACGUGCGGAGCGGGGCCCUGUCCCCCUCCAUCGACACCUACAGCUACGGGGUGGUGCUGCUGGAAACGCUGACGGGGAGACGGGCCCUGGAGACAGACGGACGUGGACAGACAACGUUCCUGAAGGAUCUGGUCGCGGAGGAGGAGGAGGCUGAGGUCGCCGAGGUCCCUGGGCAAUCGCAGCAGGCGGUGACGGGCCCUGGCCCGGACCCGGAUGCUCGGGCGACUCGGGUCGGCAGCAGGAUCUUCCGGAACCACGUGGACUCGCGGGUCGGGCCCUGUCCGGAGGAGCUGGGCCCAGCGCUGGGCUGCCUGGCAACCCGCUGCCUCCACAGACGCAGCAAACGGCGCCCGCCCAUGGCCCAGGUAUACGAGGACCUAGAGCGGCUGCAGAAGUCUCUGCCCUGGGAUCCCCCCUCAACCCACUGGGGGGACUCACUCCCCAGGGCCCCAGGGCUGCCCCCCAACCAGCCCGUGGAGAGUGACGAGAGCCUGUCGGAGGAGGGGGAGAGCUGGCUGGGCGUCGCCCCGUCCCUGCACCCCCAGAUUCACAUCAACCCAGCCCGGCAGCGCAUCAUGGAGCGGCUGGCGCUGUACCAGCAGGGGGCGCUGGACAGCCUGGGGGUGCUGGCCUCCGAGCUCCCGGCAGGCUCUGCCCCCCGCCUGCCCGAGGAGAGCGACGAUUUCGAGCCCUGAGACGGACGGACAUGGAAGGACGAAGUUCUCAUCGAUGGGGGGGCGAGGCCCCCCCCAAAUGCACCUCCUGGCUGCUAGAGCCCACCCUCGGGACGGGACCCAGGUGUCCGGGGCAGCGACUUUGAAUGGAGGGGAAGGCAUGGUACCUGCUUUCCUCCCCCACCCCCUGCAAUGGACAUGGGACCCAGGCAUCUGGGAAGGGGCCUUGCAACUGAAGGGGGAGGUGGCACCUCGGUACUUGGGGGCUUGCGCCGGCCCCCCUUGCUCCAUGGGACCCCCCCGCUCCCAGCCGUGAGGGUGCGUGGGGCCGGUUCCCGGGGGUGGGGGCCCGCAACCCGCAAGGGAAAAUAAAAGUUUAUCUAUUUGUAAUCUGGCUUUCUGGGGAGGGGUGGGGGCCAUUUAGAGGGGACCCCGAUCUGUGCCUGGGCUGUAGCCUGUCUAGUCACCUCCCCCCCCUCCCAGCACAGCGUCCCCUUCAGUAACAGGUGGGCAGAAAUCUUCCAGCCAAUCCCUUUAUUCUGCGUGGAGGCUGCGCCCUGGCCACGGGGGGAGAGGGGCCUCAGGGCGCCCCCCCCAGGCGCGUGGCGAAGAGGAAGGCGCAGUGGAACUGCAGCACGUCGCAGACCUUGGACCAGAAGUGGCCGCUGAG